CACCGGCCGGAGCAGCAAAUCCUUCCUCUUUUCGUCUCGUCUGAAGCUGCUAGUGUCAUACACACUCGUACAUCGUGCGGCACGGUCGAGCUAUCUGAACGGAAAUGCAGCUGAACAGAGGUGCCGUGGGUGGAGGGCACGGCUGCGGGACGCCGGACGCGACGCAGCUGCGGUGCAGGGAGAGGGAGCUGGUGGCUCAGCUGCACGAGCUUCUGUUCCCUUCCACGCCCCCGCCUCCAGCCGGCGGCAGCGCGUCGUGGCCGUCGUCGUCGGCCUCGGCCGACCUGCCCGUCGAGCACUGCGGCUCGCCGGUGAAGGCGCCGGCGCUCUGCGGCAAACGGCGGGGCAGGGGUAGCAAGAGAGUCCGGGAGGGACACCCGCCGGAGGAGCAAAAGCAGCGUGGUGGUUCUUCGGCUGAGACGAAGGCUGCUCGCGGCAGGAGGAAGAAGGAAGGGACGACCACCACCACGAUCGUCACGGCGGUGCCGGAUUUCGACGGCUACCAGUGGAAGAAGUACGGCCAGAAGCAAAUCGAAGCCGCCCAGUACCCGAGGAGUUACUUCCGGUGCACCAACAGCGCGGACCAGGCCUGUCCGGCCAAACGGACGGUGCAGCGCAACGACGACGGUGACGGCGACGCCGGACCGCCCAAGUACACAGUGGUGUACAUCGCCGACCACAGCUGCAAGCUAACCGAGGCGGCGGCGGCGCCGGUUAUCCUCGAGACUACUGUCCGCACCAAGACCCCUGCAGCUCCAGACACCGCCGCCGUAUUUUCUAGCAGCUCUAGCGCUUUCAGCAAUGACACUCAAUCGCCGGCGAGCUCGGAUGGCACGUGGAGCGAUGGCACCGUCUCUGAGGCGAACCCGGUGCUGAGGGAGCGCGGCGACUGUUCGAGCUUGUUUGAUGUCGACGGUGACUGCUGGGAGUGGGACCCCUCGCCGACGGCACCCGCUGCCGCGUUGCUCCAGGAUAUGGAUUUCGCCGGGCCGAUCAUGUCGCCGGUACAAGUCCCGGCAACGGAUGGAAGCUGGAUCAACGACUUGUUCUUUAACGAGUCACCAUUUGUUCUCAACAGCUGCCAGUUGUUUGGUUACUAGAUCGUCUUUGUAGAUGGCCAAUAACUAGUGCAGAACAAGAUUUUAUCAACAAGAUUGAGAGAGCUUUCUUUUGGUCGGCUAGUGACCACACCUCAGGGGCGAAAUGCAAGGUCAAUUGGGAGUUAGUUUGUCGUCCUAAGAAACUUGGUGGCCUUGGGAUCAUUCA